UUUAUCCCUUUCACGAUCAUCGUCCAUGAUUCUUUUCCUUAUUGAAAGAAAGCCGAUUCAAGAUGGCAAAAGUGAAGUGUUCUGAAUUAAGGACCAAAGAUAAGCGAGAGCUGAUGAAGCAGCUCGAACAGCUCAAAACAGAAUUGACUACUCUACGAGUGGCCAAAGUGACUGGAGGAGCUGCAUCAAAAUUGUCCAAGAUUCGUGUCGUGAGGAAAGCUAUUGCACGAGUGUAUAUUAUUAUGCACCAGAAACAAAAGGGAAAUCUCCGCUUACUUUACAAAAAUAAAAAGUACAAGCCCCUUGACUUGAGGCCCAAGAAAACGAGGGCUCUACGUCGUGUUCUUACUCCCUACCAAGCCAGUAGAAAAACGUUGAAGGAGAUACGUAAACGCUCUACGUAUCCACAGAGAAAAUAUGCUUUGAAAGCAUAGUAUGUACAUUUUUAAUUACUAUUCAAAAUAAAAAUUUCAUUAAAA